CGAAGGUGUUCCGGAAGGAGGCGAACCCCGAGACCUGCCGGGCAAACCUUCCCGGCGUCCGACAGGGCCCAACGUCUGGUGGGGUUCGGCGAGGGUGGGGGAAGCUGAAGCUUGGCUCUGGUCCGGCGGGAGCCGAACUCGUUCCGGAAGAAGCCGAGCGGACCGGCGCCGGCCUCGGCGUCCCGGGCGUGAGGCGGUAGCGGCGGCGACAGCGACAGCGCGGGCCGGGAUGAACCGCGACGGCUGAAGCGGCGGAGGCUCCGGCUGCUCGGGCCCCACCGAGACUCUCGCGAAGCGCCAGCCCCGUGCUCGGGGCUUUGCCUCGAGCCGAGCCCUGCCCUCGCGAACCUCCCGGACCCCUUUGUGCGGCCGGAGUCGGCGGCGGCGGGAACGGCCAUGGCGGCCAACAUGUACCGGGUGGGGGACUACGUCUAUUUCGAGAACUCCUCCAGCAAUCCUUACCUGGUUAGACGAAUUGAAGAGCUCAACAAGACUGCAAACGGAAACGUUGAGGCAAAGGUUGUCUGUCUUUUCCGGCGAAGGGACAUUUCUAGUAGCCUCAACAGCCUGGCUGAUAGUAAUGCCAGGGAAUUUGAGGAGGAAUCAAAGCAGCCUGGAGUAUCUGAGCAGCAGCGACACCAGCUGAAGCACAGGGAGCUGUUCCUUUCUCGGCAGUUUGAAUCCUUACCAGCCACUCACAUACGGGGGAAGUGCAGUGUGACCCUGUUGAAUGAGACCGAUAUUUUGAGCCAGUACCUGGAAAAGGAGGACUGCUUUUUUUACUCACUGGUGUUUGACCCUGUGCAGAAGACACUUCUAGCUGAUCAGGGAGAGAUUAGAGUUGGUUGCAAAUACCAAGCUGAGAUCCCAGAUCGCUUGGCAGAGGGAGAGUCGGAUAAUAGGAACCAACAGAAGAUGGAGAUGAAGGUCUGGGACCCAGACAACCCUCUCACCGACCGGCAGAUUGACCAGUUCCUCGUGGUGGCCCGAGCUGUGGGCACCUUCGCACGCGCCUUGGAUUGCAGCAGCUCCAUUCGGCAGCCCAGCUUGCAUAUGAGUGCAGCUGCUGCUUCCCGAGACAUCACCCUGUUUCACGCCAUGGAUACACUGCAGAGGAAUGGCUAUGACCUGGCUAAGGCCAUGUCGACCCUGGUGCCUCAGGGAGGCCCGGUGCUGUGCCGGGAUGAGAUGGAGGAAUGGUCCGCUUCAGAGGCCAUGCUGUUUGAGGAGGCCCUGGAGAAGUAUGGGAAGGAUUUCAAUGAUAUCCGUCAGGACUUUCUACCCUGGAAGUCACUUGCUAGCAUCGUCCAGUUUUAUUACAUGUGGAAAACCACAGACCGGUAUAUUCAGCAGAAAAGACUGAAAGCUGCUGAAGCAGACAGCAAACUGAAACAGGUCUACAUCCCUACCUACACUAAGCCAAACCCGAACCAGAUCAUCUCCAUGGGCUCCAAACCUGGCAUGAAUGGUGCUGGCUUCCAAAAAGGCCUGACCUGCGAGAGCUGCCAUACCACACAGUCGGCCCAGUGGUAUGCCUGGGGCCCGCCCAACAUGCAGUGCCGCCUCUGUGCUUCCUGUUGGAUCUACUGGAAGAAAUAUGGGGGAUUGAAGACCCCCACCCAGCUUGAGGGGGCUGCUCGGGGCACCACAGAGCCACAUUCAAGGGGCCAUUUGUCUAGACCUGAAGCCCAAAGUCUCUCCCCCUACACCACCAGCGCCAACCGGGCCAAGCUAUUGGCUAAGAACAGGCAAACAUUCCUGCUCCAGACCACAAAGCUGACCCGUCUUGCCAGACGCAUGUGCAGGGACCUGUUGCAGCCGAGGAGGGCUGCCCGACGACCUUAUGCUCCUAUCAACGCCAAUGCCAUCAAGGCAGAGUGCUCCAUUCGACUUCCUAAGGCUGCCAAGACUCCGUUGAAGAUUCACCCUCUGGUUCGUCUGCCCCUGGCAACUAUCGUCAAAGAUCUGGUGGCCCAGGCACCUUUGAAACCAAAAACACCUCGGGGCACCAAGACACCUAUCAAUAGAAACCAGCUGACCCAGAACCGAGGAUUGGGGGGCAUCAUGGUGAAGAGGGCCUAUGAGACCAUGGCAGGGGUAGGAGUCCCCUUCUCCGCCAAUGGAAGGCCUCUGACAUCUGGAAUUCGCUCCAGCUCGCAGCCAGCAGCCAAGCGUCAGAAACUAAACCCAGCUGAUGCCCCCAAUCCUGUGGUGUUUGUGGCCACAAAAGAUACCAGGGCCUUGAGGAAAUCGCUUACGCAUUUGGAGAUGCGGCGGGCUGCUCGCAGACCCAACUUGCCCCUGAAGGUGAAACCACCACUGCUGGCAGUGCGGCCCCCAGUUCCUUUGGCAGCACCCCCACAUCCUGUCAGCACCAAUGAGCCCAUCGUUCUGGAGGACUAAGUAUCUGUGGGGAGGGGCGGUGCCUAAGGCACCAAGACCGCCCCCUUUCCUCUAGCACCCCAAGGAGUGAGGCUGUGACUGAGGGAGCAGGUGUGUGUUUCUGGAGGGGGUGGGCGCCCUCUGGUGGCCCCAGCACAGGGCUUGCUCCCUUCUCCACGCUCCUGGGGCCUGGUGAUGGACUGUCUGCUGGAACUGGCCUGUGUGGGGAACCUGGCCUGUUUUUGGGGGUAGGACCCUCAGUCAAUCUUGGACAGUUUUGUGGGGAGGGUUUUUUAAUUUUUUAAAAAUGUCGCCUCCCUUUGUGAAAGGGGAAAAGGAAGAGGAAACAGAUGUCAGGCGUCUGUACCUGAGUUGGGGAGGGGGGUGUGCACUGCCAUGUCUUUCUUUUCUUUUUUUUUUUUUUCCCUUAACUGGGGGGUUCUCUUCCUGUCCGGUGUCCGGACUUUCCCAAUUGAAGUUUGAGGCCCCUAAGCUGGCAUCAACCCCAGCCCAUGCUCGCUCGUUCUUCCUCUCCCCUUCUGCCUUUUGUACGCCAACUCUCAGAAAUAAAGAUCUUUUGUCCGUUUUUUUUUAACCUUGGAUUCUGUAAUUGGUUCUUAUAGUAACAAAUAAAAAGCAGUUUUCUUCA